AUUGGUAACCACAAAAUCAUAAUCAGCUGAUUGUGCUACCGGCGAAUGCGACUGCAUUACAAAAUAUUUAUUUACUGUAUGUUGUGCAAUAAAAAUAGUAAAAAUGUUAAAAAUAGUUAAAGCCACAAUAAAUUGGGGAUUUCCUCCCAUUAAGGUAGUAGCAAACAUUGGACAGAAACCACCUACAUUUAGGUUUUUUUCAACGGGGCACCAAAGAUGCCAAUUUACCCGAGGAAACGGAUCCACUACUGUGUCUUAUGAGGGUCGUAAAAAAAUAACACCUCUUGGCUGGUUUUUGUUACUUGCGCCUGUUUCCACAUUUGGUCUAGGAUGUUGGCAGGUGAAACGUAAAACUUGGAAGGAGCAACUAAUCAAAGACUUAGAGCUGCAAAAACAAAUACCACCGGUACCUUUGCCGUUAGACUUGACAGAAUUGUCCGGUAUGGAAUACCGUUUGGUUUCUGUACGUGGAAAAUUUAUGCAUGAUAAGGAAAUGCUUAUGGGUCCACGAUCAUUUAUACGUCCCGAUGGCGGAGAAACUGCUGGAGGUUUAUUCUCCCAACGUGAUACGGGUAAUGGCUACCUUGUGAUAACACCGUUUAAAUUGGCGGACAGAGAUGAAGUAAUUUUGAUCAAUCGUGGAUGGGUGUCGAGAAAGCAAGUAAAACCGGAAACGCGCAGUUCGGGUCAAAUAGAAACAGAGGUCGAGUUGACUGGUGUGGUACGCAUGGGCGAGAGCCGCCCACAAUUUUCUCCAGAUCAUAAAGGCGGUAUUUUUCUAUACAGGGAUUUACCAAAAAUGUGCGCAUUAACUGGCGCAUCUCCGAUUAUGCUAGAUGCUACCUACGAAUCAUCUGUACCCAGUGGUCCCAUAGGCGGACAGACACGUGUCACCUUACGUAACGAGCAUUUGUCGUACCUGGUAACGUGGUUCAGCUUAUCAGCAAUUACUUCCUACUUGUGGUACCGUCAAAUACUAAAGAGAAUACCAUUUUAAAAGUCGCAUUGAUUACACUUUUAUUUUAUGUUAUUCGUAAAAUAUACUUAGUUACUGCGCACAUACAUAAUUGGAAUUUAAUGCAUAUUUCAACGUUUCUUUUUUAUUGCAAAACGAAUUAGUAGGAGCAAAAGUUCGUGUUUAAUGCAUUAUUUUAUCUAUUUAAAUACCUUUAUGUAAAUUAAAUACAAUACAAAACUGUAUUCGCUUAUGUACCAUAAGUACCGUUGGCAGGAAAUCAUAUAACUAACUUCGCUACACAGAGCGGUAUGAAUAGAAUGGUUGAAGUAUGCAUGGCGGUUUUAAACGGCGACGCAUUUAAACUUUAAAUAUGCUUAAUACAACGUAUAUGCGUUAUUAUAUAAAAUACAUUUUCAGACGUAUACAUGUACACACGUAUUUAGUAAAUAUUUACAAUGAUAAAUGUUACACCAAAAUAAUAAAUACUGUAUAUAGGCUACACUUUAAA